GGCUCCGAGGGCGGUCAGGUGCAAAGGGGCGGAGGCUCUGGUGCUCAGGCAGUGCGUUCGGGGCGGGCCAGCCGGCGGGGCAUUUAAACCCCCGCUGACCGCCGGCSAGGGACACGCGCAGGCUCCGCGCCCUCCUGCGUCGACUCAGCUUCGGGUACCAGCCAGGCAAGAUGCGGUCUUCCCUGGCUCCGGGUGUCUGGUUCCUCCGCUCCUUCUCCAGGGACAGCUGGUUCCGUGGCUUCACCCUGCUGCUCACCUUCCUCAUUUAUACAUGUUAUCACAUGUCCAGGAAGCCAAUCAGCAUUGUCAAGAGCCGUCUGCACCAGAACUGCUCGGAGCUGAUCAAACCCAUCAAUGAUACCCACAGUUUAAAUGAUACCUCGUGGUGCAGCUGGAGUCCAUUUGAUAAAGAUGACUACAAGGAAUUACUGGGGGCUGUGGAUAAUGCCUUCCUUGUGGCCUAUGCCAUCGGCAUGUUUAUCAGUGGAAUUUUUGGGGAGCGGCUCCCCCUCCGUUAUUACCUUUCAGCUGGAAUGCUGCUCAGUGGCCUUUUCACCUCCCUCUUUGGCCUGGGAUAUUUCUGGAAUAUCCAUGUACUCUGGUACUUUGUGCUCAUCCAGAUCUGUAAUGGACUUGUCCAGACCACAGGCUGGCCCUCAGUGGUGGCUUGUGUCGGCAACUGGUUCGGGAAGGGGAAGCGGGGGUUCAUCAUGGGCAUCUGGAAUUCCCAUACGUCUGUGGGCAACAUCCUGGGCUCCCUGAUUGCCGGCAUCUGGGUGAACCAAGAGUGGGGUCUGUCAUUUAUUGUGCCUGGUGUCAUCACAGCUAUCAUGGGCAUUAUCACCUUCCUCUUCCUCAUUGAAUACCCAGAAGAUGUGGACUGUGCCCCUCCACAGCAUCACGAUGUGUCAGACAAGGACCAGGACAACCCUGAGGACCCUGAAAACAGUCCCUACCCUAAUAGGGAGACCAUCCAGGAGACUGUGACCAGCUGCUCCAAGGAGCCAUGCGCUGAGCCUGUGGCCAUCAGCUUCCUGGGGGCACUCAAAAUCCCGGGUGUGAUUGAGUUCUCUUUCUGUCUGCUCUUCGCCAAGCUGGUCAGUUACACCUUCCUCUACUGGCUGCCACUUUACAUCUUCAAUGUGGCUCACUUUGGUGCCAAGGAGGCUGGGGACCUGUCUACACUCUUUGAUGUUGGUGGCAUCAUAGGUGGCAUCAUGGCAGGGCUCAUCUCUGACUACACCAACGGCAGGGCCACCACUUGCUGCAUCAUGCUGAUCUUGGCUGCCCCCAUGAUGUUCCUGUACAAUUACUUUGGCCAGAGUGGGAUUGUCAGCUCCAUAGUGAUGCUGAUUAUUUGCGGGAUGCUGGUCAAUGGCCCUUAUGCACUUAUCACCACAGCGGUCUCUGCUGAUCUGGGCACUCACAAGAGUCUGAAGGGCAAUGCUAAGGCCCUCUCCACUGUGUCAGCCAUCAUCGAUGGCACGGGCUCCAUAGGUGCUGCUCUGGGGCCCUUGCUGGCUGGACUCAUUUCCCCCACAGGCUGGAACAAUGUCUUCUACAUGCUCAUCUCUGCUGACAUCCUGGCCUGCUUGUUGCUCUGUCGGUUGGUGUACAAAGAGAUCCUGGCUUGGAAGUCAUCCCUGAGCAAAGGCAGAGGCUCUAGUCUGGCCCUAACCCAUCCGCGAUAGUAUUUUCCUCAAGUCCCACAACUUUUGU